AUAGGGGACACAUAGCAACAAGCGGACCUCCCACUCUAACAGUAACUCUCCCAAGGUCCACUUCCCUAGAGAAGGGACCCAGAGGAGAGGUUUCCAAAUCAUGCUUCCAGUCUGAGGGUCAUUGUUUUUUUUUUCAGAAUCAACCUCCCCCUUUGACUUUUUCUUUCCCAUGAUCUAAAAAAAAAGAGAAAGAGAAACAAAUCAUGGAGAAGGAGACGGUACACAGGCGACACUGGCUUAUCCCUGGGGUUCCACCUACUGCCAUGGCCCCUGGGCUUCACAAAGUGGUCACUGAAGCAUCUGAACUUCAGAGGAGCAAGAGUAUUGGGGGAUAUCCCCCCACGGGAGAACCUGUGGCUCCCAUUGAGAAACUGCUGCAGGAAUUCGAAGGUGAAGAUUUGGAGAAAGAGUCAAAAGGUGAAGCUGAGAAUAUUAGCUGCCAGAUGAUUCUAGAGGAUGACAAGGAGGACCAGGAUAAGGGUGACCUAAAAAGAGUGGACCAAGACAAAGACAAAGAAAAAGAAAAAGAGAAAGAAAAAGAAAAGGUGGAGCAAGAAUGUGAAAAGAAGGAGAAAGAGGAGCAAAUUAAGACAGGCCAGGAUGAAGCGAAGAGAGACAUAAAGAGAGAAAACUAUGUUCUUGAACUAAAUACUACACUCGCCCUGGAAAAGAAACUAGAAUCAUUAAAACUGCAUCACCUUGUCCUGGAGACUGAGAUGGAUCUUUCCAAACCACCUGUUGCCUUUGUAGAGAUUGAUUUGGAAGAACGCACUGAGGAGAAAAUUGAAAGUGCUUUGACAGAAGAGAAAUCAUCCAAGGCCAAAGCAGGAGAUACAUCUGAAGAUGAAUCAAAGACCAUGUGGAUAUGCUGUUUUCCACUCUCAUCUAAGAAGAAGUCAAAAGAAAAAGCAUAGUAACUGCAUUAGAAGGAAAAGAAGAGAAAAUGAGUUCAACUUUAGCUUCCUUUCCUGCUCAUCUCCAGCAACAGGAAUUCCUCAUAUUAUAUCAACUCAUUAUAUGAAAUUGUUAUACAGAAUUUUGAAUGUAUAGAAAUGACAAAGUAGGGGAAUAAUUGAUUGUGUGUAAUUUGAAGAGUCAAGUUUGAGGUAUUUCCAGUCUACCGCAUCAUGCAUUAGGUAAUAGAACCUCUUGGUAAAACAAAAUUUGGGAGCCCAGCUGUAAUAGAUUCUUGUCUCACUUGAGAGGACAAAACCUCCGUGAACUAAGGGAAAAUUGAAGUUUAGAUGCAGUUCCCAUGAGGCUGAAUGGUAGGGAAGUGAUGGAAUAGGGGAAAUUCUCAAGUAGGCGAAGUGCUGUCAAACACUCCCAAGAGGCACAAAAUUGUUAUUGGGUGGCACAUCUCCAUCUCACCUUCCCUAAAGUUUUAAUUCAUUAUAUUCGAAGAAUCUUUGCUUGUGGGAACAGAUUUCAGAGUUUACAAAAGGAGCCAUUGGAAAUCUAGGAUUUGCUUCACAGUCAGUUUGGCUGCAACAUAUCUGUUCUGUGAUAC